UGCACUGUGUCCCUCGGACACAGCAGAUCACGGAAAGAGCAGAAGAUGUCGGCUCGGUCAGUGGACAUGUACACUGAUUAUCAGGGCACUGAUGAUCAGUGUGCCCUGAUGAUCAGUGUGGCCCAAGAAGUGCCACCUGUCAGUGUCCAUCAGUGCCAGCAGUCAGUGCUCAUUAGUGCCACGUGCCAGUGCCUAUCAGUGCCACAUCAAUGCCACAUAUCAGUGCCCAUCUGAGCUGCCUUUCAAUGUCACUCAUCAGUGCCAGUCAGUGCCACCUAUCAAUGCCAAUCAGUGCCUCCUAUCAGUGCCAGUCAGUGUCGCCUAUCAGUGCGCAUCAAUG